AUGACAGUGAGAUUGGUAUUGUCGCUGCUUGCUGGCAUAUCUGCAGCUGCGGCCUCCCUGCCACCUUUUGAGGCUGGACGAAAGAUAGUCCCCGGUGCCUAUAUUGUCGAGUACGAAGACGGCCACAAUGCGAGUAGUGUUGUAAACGCCAUGGGCGCUCAUUUAGACCAUGUCCGCGUACAUUUUGACUUUGAGCACUUCAAAGGCGUCUCCAUCCAAGCCAACGACAACGCAGCAGCGGCAAAUUCCGCGUACAGCUUGGCUGGCGGUGGCCGAUCCGCCAAGAACAUAUGGCCCGUGUACGCUUAUGAUAGGCCCGAGUUCAAUGUCACGGAAGUUGCGCCGUCCGGUCGCAGUGUCCGUAGCGAUACAUUCAGCCCUCACGGCAUGAUGCAGGUGGACCAACUGCGUGCUCAAGGCUUCAACGGCAAAGGUGUCAAAUUGGCCGCGAUUGACUCUGGUGUCGAUUACACGCACCCUGCUCUCGGUGGCUGUUUUGGCCCUGGCUGCAAAGUAUCUUUUGGUUACGAUCUCGUCGGAGAUGCAUUCAACGGCGGCAAUCAACCCCAACCCGACGACGACCCCAUGGAUUGCGGAUCGCAUGGAACGCAUGUGUCUGGCAUCCUCACCGCCGAGGCCAACGACGCAAGCUUCACCGGCGUUGCCCCCGGCAUCACCUUUGGCAUGUACAAGGUCUUUGGCUGCAGCGGCGGCACCGGAACGGACAUGCUCAUGGCCGCCGCCGCGCGCGCCGCACAAGACGGCGCGCAAAUCAUCAGCUGUUCUGUGGGCGGCGCCUAUGGCUGGUCUGACGAUGCCUUUUCCCAGCUCCUCAGCAGGCUUGCCACAGAAAAGGGCAUCACGUCUACGGUCGCUGCCGGCAAUGAUGGCAAUCGCGGCGCGUUCUAUACCUCUGGAUCUGCAAACGGCGCCGCCGUCAACUCCAUCGCCGCGGUCGACCUCACCGAAACACCUGGCACGGGAGGAACUCCCAGCGCAUUCACAUCCUGGGGGCCGACCAUGGAGAUGAACUUUAAACCUCAGUUUGCCGGUCCCGGACGUGACAUUCUGUCGACCCUCCCAGGUAACAAGUACGGUCGAGCCUCUGGAACGUCCAUGUCGACGCCCAUGGUUGCUGGCGUCAUGGCCCUGCUCAAUCAAGCCAUGGGACCUGUUGCUCCAGAGCGCAUGCAGAAGCUUCUCGCCGCCAGUGCCAAGCCACUCGAGUUCAGCGACGGAUCGAAAACUUAUGACGUCCUGGCCCCUACUGCGCAACAAGGCGCUGGCCUUGUGCAGGCUCUGAAUGCCGUCAAUAGCAGAAUGCUCAUCUCGCCCGUCAGCCUAUCAUUCAACGACACUGAGCAUAUGAACCAUGAUAUCGAAGUUGCUGUCACAAACGCUGGGAAUGAGACCGUCGAGUACCAGCUUACAGUGCGGCCCGCGAUCUCCGUCUACGUUCUCGCCAAUGGUAGCUUCUAUCCGUCUUCGUUUCCCAAUGAUCAAACGCCUGCCUCUGGCAUUCUGCGCGCCACUACCACAAAGUUUACCCUCACAGCUGGACAAACCCAGGCCCUUCAAGUCUCUGCCGACCCUCCUUCUGAUGUUGAUGCCAAUAGACUUGCGCUUUGGUCGGGCUUCUUAUACGUCCAGGGCAGCGACUCCUCAUCUGUCUCGAUCCCUUAUCAGGGUCUCGCCGGCUCCUUGAGAAAUGCGACGACGCUGCCGUCCGAUGGCGCAUCUGUGUCGAACUCCAACGACCAGAACCACAAGCCGGUCCUUGCCGAUACCGAAUUCGUGCUCCCCAAGCCUGGGACUGCCGCCUCAAGCGACGGCAUACCGCUGAUCAUGGUCAACCUCGCUCUGGGCACGACCACUAUCGCUGCUGAGAUUGUUGAUGCUCCGUCUGGCUCUGUUAUUGCCGAGCUUCCGGGGGUUCCUUAUCAUAUGAUUACUCGCGGUGCCGGAUUUGGCUUUUAUUGGGAUGGCGAACUUGCCAAUGGCUACUACGCUGGCGCGGGCACGUACAAGGUACGGGUCAAGGCGCUGCGAAUCUUUGGAGAUGCCGCGAACGGUGACGACUGGGAUGUGAGCGACACGGUGCCCAUUAAGAUUUCUUAUCAAGAUUUAUAUUCCACGUAG